AUGGCCGCCACUGUUCAAUCUAUGCCGAAUCAUUCGGAAGAAACCGAGGUUGUUGAAUACACCGAGGAGGUUGUUGAGGUUGUGCGAUUGGACAAGGUGGUUGAAGUGGAGGAGGUUAAUGAAAAGGAAAAAAAGUCCUCGGACCAUAAUGAACUUGUUGAUACUGAAAAGACCGCGGAAAAAUCUGAGGAUGUUAACGAACACGCGGAAAAGCACACUGAACAUACCUUACUGGCUGAAAAUCAGCUCGUUGAUGAUGAUUCAAAAUCCGGGGAUUCGAAUAAGGCGGAUACGAAAAGUUCGGACCAUACAGCUGAUCCACCAUUGACCCCUCCAAAAAGUCCUGUAGAUGAAAAAGAUAAAUCGGAUAAAAAGAAUGCAAGCUCUAAAAUAGCUACGUCUACUAACAAAACGGUCAAACCUGCUGCAUCGGCCGCUAAACCUGGUGUCGUUAAGAAAACGUCUACUCCAACUUCGACUAGUGCCAAACCUCGUGCACGCAGUCCGUCGGUCAGUAAAUCAAACUCACCUACAGCAUCGAAAACUCCGGGAACACGUUCUUCUAGUACCUCCAGCGCUACGAGGGCUCCGAUUACAGUUCCAAAACAACCAAGUAGUCCUACUGUUGGGAAAACUCCAAGUACCUCAUCUAAGUCCGGCGCUAACGUGACCCCUGCAAAGGCUGUCACUCAAAAAACGACUGUUGCUAAAACUUCUACUGCCGCUACCACUGCAAAAACAACUGUUACAUCUCCGAAAACGAAUUUGGCGGCUCCUGCUCGGAAAGCUACCACAAAUAUUAGUAGCUCCGCUACUACUACCGCACCAAAAAAAUCAGGUACUACACCUCCUGCUAAGGUAACUAAUACUUCAACACCCGCUUCAAAGAAUAAAAUUGCACCAUCUACGGCGAUCCCAACCAAGCCUACGGCAUCUAAGAGUACUGGCUCAGCCGAAAACGAUUUAAAAAAUGGUAUUUCAGCAGAUGAUGGCUACAAAGAAAAGCUCACAAGAUUAAUUGAAGAAAAAGAUAAGAUGCUGAAAUCCUGCCAAGAUGAAUUGGAAGAACUUAAAGUUCAACUAGCGAAAAGAAGUGAGAUUGAUGAAUCUAUUGAGAAACAUGCUCACACUUUGGAAGAAUUGAAAAAAGCUCAUGAAGAAGAAACUCAAAAGAUUCAAAAGGAAAAGGAUGUGGCCAUCUUAUCAAAAGAAGCUGAGAUAGAGGCUCUCAAAAAAGAAAUUAAAGAUUUAAAAGAGGCUCUUGCAAAGGCCAAAGAAGAAAAUGAUGAAAAAUUUUCAAACAUUCGUGAAGAGCAUGCUAAAUUAAUUGAUCAGGUUAAAGAUACGCAUAAAAAUGAAAUUGCUGAAUUGGUUGAGAAAGUUAAAAGUGGUGAAAAGGCUACUGAAGAACUUGUGUCAACUCAAGGAGAGACUGCUGUUGCUUUUGAAAAAAUGAAAGUGCAAUAUGCCGAUGAUAUUGCUGAACUCAAGGACUCUCAUGCUAAGGAAUUGGAACGCAUGAAAUCCGAACACGAUAAAGAGAUUGAGAAAGCAAGGAAUGAAAUUCAGAAUGAAGAAAUUGAAAAACUUGAACAAACACAUAGUACUGAAUUAAAUUCUAUCAGAUUUAAUCUUGAAACCAAAAAUGACGCAGCCGUCCAAGAGCUAUCAGCCCUUAGAUCUCAGCAUUCUCAAGAUAUUGAGGAUCUUAAAUUAAAGCAUUCUAGAGAAAUUGAAGAACUUAAAUCCCAUCAUGCCCAAGAAAUUGAAACUUUAAAGACAUCAGCUGAUGAAGGUCUUGUACAAAAGUAUGAGACCCAAUUAUCAAACUUGCAGAGUUUAGCAAAAAAGAGGGAUACCGAAUUAGAAGAUCUCAAAGCGAAUCAUGAUUCUAUGCUAGAGAAAUUGAAAACCGAUUAUGAAGCUCGGUUCGAAACAUUAAGGGUUGAAAUUGAAGGAACAAACAAUUCCCCUGACACAGGAAUUGAGGAAUUAAAAGCUAUUCAUGCUAAAGAACUUGAUGAUCUGAAAUCUACCCAUGCAAAGGAAAUUGAAGAAUUGAAAACUCAACAUGAAGGAAAAUUGAAAAAAUUAGAAUAUGAACUCAGUGAGUCUCAUAGCAAAGAGUUACAAGAAACACUCACGAAUCUUGAUAAAGAAAUGCAAGAAAAAAUCACGAAUCUUGAAGAAGAAAUGAAAAAAAAGGAGGAAAGUUUAACGUUGGAAAAUGAAACUCUUAAAAAAGAAAAUAAGGAAUUGUCAGAGAAGUUUGAAGUUUCAAAACAAAAUGUUGACUCUCAUGCUUCAACAUUAGAAGAGUUGAAAAAAGAGCAUCAAAAGGAAAUAGAAUUACGUACCGCAUUACAAACUCUUCUAGAUGAGAAAAAUAAAGAGAGCGAAGAAUCCCUUGAAUCACUACGCUGCGAGUACAGCCAAAAGAUUGAUGAACUCGAAUUAGAACAUGCUCGCGAACUGAAAGAAAAGAUGGAUGAACUCGAAUUGGCACAUGCUCGUAAAAUUGAGGAAAAAGAUGUAGAAAUAAAGAACAAGGCCAUGGAAAAUAAAUGGCUUGAAGACGAAAAUGAUCAGCAUGAUGCAAAGGCUAAAACGCUGAAUAAGGAGUUGGAAAUUCUUCGUAAAGAAAAUGAACAAUUGAAAG